GAGUAGUGAGUUGUGUGACAUGAGUAACCUGCAAUGAAGGAAAGUGAGAAAAGAGAGAGAGAAGCCCUCCGUCUCUCCCGAGUCCCAACCAUGGAAGUGUUUAGCCUCCUCAAAUACUGGAAGGCACCUACUCCCCAGAACGACGCCGACGACGGCCCUUUCUUCGACUUAGAGUUCGCGCUACAACACGACGCUAAUCAGACUCAAAACGACAACUCAGCCUCAGACUCAGACUCAGACUCGGAUUCAGACUUGAAGCUCUCUCCCUCGCACGAUUUAAUCUUCCUGGACGACCCCUCCCAGUCCCAACCCAAACCUCACGUCAAGGCCUCGCUGCUAAAAUCCGCCACCAAGUUCCGCGUCUUCAUGUUGGGCCUCAAGAAGCCCAAGCCCCACGACGCAGAGGACAAGCCCACGGAGAAUGUUCCUUCUGCCUCAGAGGAGAAGCGCUUCAUGCGCAACUAUUUCAAAAUGGUCAAGCCUCUCUACGUCAGGGUUUCUAGAGCACCCAAUGGGAACACUCAGAAGCAGGGGACUGUUCCUCUGCCUGCGGCUCUACGCAAGCAUUUCGGCAAGGGCCCUUCGCCGCCGUUGCUCACUUCGAAACGCCGCGAUGAUUCGCUGUUGCACCAACAUGAUUGGAUUCAGGGUGCUAUUUUGCAUUGCAAAAACUCUUUCAAUGCUUCUACCGAAUGCGAGUCCUCUGAGCUGCCACGAUCGGUGAGCGACACCUCUCCUGAAAAAUGUAGGAACGACAAGUGCCUUUGAUAUUGAGUAGGAGAAAAAAGAACAAGUGCUAGGGACAAUAGGUGUUUUGCUAGGGUGGCUCGUGUGUCCUUGUGUAUUUAUUAUGUAUGUAUAUUGUAAAGGUGUUGUUUCUGAAUGGGAUAUUUUAUGUGACUUUUGAAGCAACGGUGAAACUAGUAAAAGUAUUAGGUUUUGUUUGUUGGUGUUACCUCGGGAACCUGGGUGAGUUGAUAAAGUGGGAAAGAUGGGGACAUGAGCAGUGAAAGUGAGAUCUGAAUGGAGGAAAGGUGUUUAUUUUUGACUAAGACACAAACUAGCUCUAACCUCAAACAUGAGAAGAAAAGAGAAGUGGGUUGUAGAGGAAGAGCCAUCUCUUUCACUCGAGCGUGCAUGCUUUGCCUCUCCAACGUGUCUCAUCUGAUGCCUUUCAGGUAUCGGAAUGGGUGAAUCUCUGUCUCUUUUCGCUUUGGGAAUAAUGUUUUCAUUAUCAUCAUUUUAUCGGAACCAACAACUUCCAACAUAAAUUUCUAUAUAAAU